ACAUGAUCUAUGUCUUUGCAAACCUGAUCAUUCAUUUUGCCAAAAACUUUGUUUAUCGAUUUCUCCAUAUCGGAAUUACACGCGUAAUAUCUUAAGAGCAAAUCGAUAUCGAAUGGUCUGUCCGCGUUUCUAAACGAAUCUACCCUUUGUUUGGAAGAUGGAAAGCUUCUGAUGUUUGACUUCAAGUUCGUGGAAUAUGGAACGUUCCUUUGCAUGUACGAAUUAUUAUUUUGAACGUACGAAUGAGUAACCUUUAAACUAUCGCAUUCGUGAAUUGUGCUCAGAGUUUUUAUGGAAUAUUUGUGAGCAGCGUCGAAAGUUGGAGUUUCCGCAACAGGUUCGAAGAUUCGUACUUCUAUGUACUUAUUUUGAUCCAUCUUUUAUGGACACGUUCGUUUUUCGAUACUAGCGGGUUGUGCUCUUAUCGCUACUUUGACUCGUUAAAGAUCGGUAUAUCCCUUUUACGUUAUAGUUAAUAAUACAAUCCAUUUUAUGACAUUCAUUGCAUGCAAAUUUGACGAAGAUUCGAUAAUAUGUACGAAUUUUCCUUUAAAACGUUUGAUAAGCGAGUGUUUAUUUAUUUUUUAGUACUUUAAUCCGAUUCAGUUCGAAGUUGAGGUUACAUCGGCAAUUCUAUCGUAAUGCAAACAGGGUUUUAAAAUUUUAAAGAUCAAGUCUAUUGAUAGAUUAUUAAUAUUGAUUUAUACGUUUAAUUUAAUGAAAUACUUAAUAAAAAAAAAGAUCAUUCUAUAAAUUAAGCGGGCAACACCUUGCUUUUUUGGUGCCAAACUGAAAGUAAACGUUCAACGUCUUCUGACAUUUUCCGGAACACGUGCAAACAUUUCAUAAGUUCACUUUAGGGUGUCGGUAACCCUAUACAAAUUUCGUACUUGAUUCAUGUUUGAACUUAUUAUUAAUCGAUUUACCAAAUAAACUGCUAAACAAAUAGAGUAAAUUUUAAAAAUAAAAAUAAACGUACACCGCACCUAGCAAAAUUCAAGUGCAUACAUAUUUGCCAUGCGUAUAGAAAAUCUGACGAUCAUUUCCGACAGCUACGAUUUCAGUUCUCUGUCGAGUUGAUAAUGCCUCAAAUUAUGGUCGAAGCCUUUGCAAGAAGUUUAAUCGACAAGAUAAUGUUGGAAGCUUUUGACGUGGUUGAUACAAAUGAUCAAAAAUUACAAAUGUUGGAUCAUCAACAAGAAUCUGCUGGCAAUCAAUCGCAGAUCACACGAACAAUGCUGCAAAUACAAGAUCGUUUGAGCGUAGAUCGCAACGAACCGGAAACUACAGAAUUAAUAGAAAAGAUGGUGCUUGGUUUACGUAAUCUACAAAUCGGAGAUUCUACUUCCGUGCCCUACCACAUAUCCAAAUUAGAAAAACAGGUAAAACACGUUGUACGCAACAUCGAAAAUGUUUCACACGCUGCAGAGCCGACCAAUUUUGUGGAAAUGCACACGACUCAGGGUCAGGGUGAUGUGCAUCAAAUAGUGCACGAUGCUGUUAUCGAAACCACAACAGAUCCAACGUGCACUCGUCUGGAGAAGGAACUUGAAAACUCGAACGAAGCGACUAGAGUAUCUAUCAAUUUACUUUACCAAAUGAUCGAGGAACUUGAAACGAAAAUGGAAGAAUCCGAGCAAAGGAAAGAAGAUGUAUCGGAAACUGUUAGCAAAGAAAAGAUCGAGGUUUGGGAGGAAACGGAAGAACAGUUUAUAAGAAGCAUCGAAAGUAUCGAUGAUCCUGAUCAGAAUAACAUCGAUUAUGUACCCGAUAACGACGUUAGGAGCAACGUAUGUGAUUUUGCGUACGAAGAAAUUACAUCUUCGUUCGUCGCAUCAUCAACGCCUUUCACGAAGAAUGCCUCAUUGGAGGACGUAACAAUCGAGGAAAUUGCGUCCUCGGCCCUAUCUGAUCAGGAGGAAGGUCGUUCGUUGGAAGAUAAAACGUCCAGUAAAACGAAGAAAAUGACUCACAAUGAAACACAAUCGGAAGAACGGAAGAGAAAGGGUAUUUUAAGUAGAACACGGAAAUUAUUGCGAACCAUUUUUGGCCGUCGGAAGAAAUGAGUCAAACGUCGGCUCGACGUUCAAAUUCUUUCCUCGACGGAGUUAUGGAACGAUCGGAUGUACAACAUCUAAAUAUCCACUUGUAAACCUAGUUUUUAAGAGAGAAAUACGCUGGUUGUUCGCGUCGAGUUGAUAAAAAUAACUCCCUAGUUUAGCCAUCAGCUGGCCACGCGUCCGGUAUAGUCUACGUACGCCAAGCUCUUACGAAGUUAUACGAGACGUGAAAUAAAUUCCACGCGUUCCUAGGAACACCGCGGAGGAAAAGAUGUAUCUUAAAAAUUUUAUACAAUACAGUAACUUUUUUGAUAAUCACGUGUAUCUUUGAUUUAUCGAACGAUUGCUUGACGUAAAAGGCGAAGAUCGGCGAUAUUAAGGGCGCGAUGGGUAUACGAGAUCGAAGGCCGUCCAGCGUGUAUUUUUGUUUGUCGCAUGUAUUCUGCGUUGCAGAUCUGGCAGCCAUGACAUACGAACGGUAUCACCGAAAACCAUUUAUCGUAACAAGGAAGCACAGCUUCUAAACCGCGUUGUCUCUCGAACUGUUUUUGGACCGCAGCGUUGCCAAUACCCUCUUCGUCCGAACCGAGCUUUUCGAGCUGGUUCUCCUUGUAAUUCGCGUGAUCACUGCGCCAUCUACAGAAAUAAAAUAAAUAAAUUUGGUAACACCCGAUACCACUUCUGGUUCACGCUCCGUUCGAUUAACAUCUAGCAGUACCAGACACGUUACAAUGG